UGUGUCCUAAUACACAACGCAUAUUCGUAUCUCCACCGUGAAAUUUAACAAAAUUGUGUGAAUUGUGUUCUAACUGUUUUAAAAACGUGGAUUGUCAUGGAUAUUGAUGAUAUUUGCUAAUAAGAAACUCUAGUGUGAAAGCUUCCAUAUUUUAGGUUAUGUUUCCAUCUUUUAUUGGUAUUUUAGGUGGGUUUCAGUGAAACGGGAGAACAGCUACCUGUUUUUUUCUUGAACACAGUAUCCCUAAAAGUGAUGUCUGAAUGAAUUUCUCACGGUUUCUAGAUAUUCAGUCAUGGUGGGAAGUGCCCAGUAUCGCCUACUUUUGUUCUUUAUUCCGAUCUGCAUUCAAUCUCUUAGAUUUUGACAUCGAAGAACUUGAAGAAGCAUUGCUAACAGAUGGCACAGAGGAGUCUGCUAGUUCGCUCCUGACAGAGUUAAUCGUCCGUCUUCUGAAUGGCUGUUUAGGCAAUAAUGACAUCUCUGCCUUUAAUUAUCAGAUGUACUUGAGACGCCUGUUCAGGAGAAAAUGUCAAGAGACUGGAAGGUACAACCCAUUUGACUCUGAUAUUGACUUUCAAUUCUUGCCCCUUCGGACAAAGGUGGAAAUUCUGUAUGCUCUUUGUGACUUCCGUUUGGAUGCAGAAGAUGUUUUUGACCUCUUUAAAAACCUUGAGGCAGAAAGUUUGAGAGUUGAACCACUUGGAUGGGAUGAUAAUGAUUCUGCAUAUUGGUAUUUCUAUGGAACAAGAUUAUAUCGAGAAGAUGUUAUAAGAAAAUCAAAGAGUAAGAACAAGAAGAAGAGGGUACGGGAGAGCAGAAAACGUGGUUGGUUCUAUGGGGAUGAUUGGCUCGAUGACGACGAUACUGAAAAAGUUUGGCAAGUGGUGUGCUUCACUGAGGAAGAUUGGACCCACCUGACAGAGAAAUUUGGCAAGGCUACCAGCAAGGUUGAAAAGGAGCUCUACCGUUCCCUCUCACAGAACUUCCUACCUGAGAUACCUAGGCUGUUCCAGGAAAAAGAAAGGCUCCAACGAAAGAGGCUUCUGGAAACUGCCCCACGGCGCACGUCAAGCCGUGUCCUGCAAAAAAUAAAGCAGAAAGAGGAAGAAGUCAAGCAAAGCUCACAUGAACCUAAGCUGGAGGAGCACAAGGAGGCACCUGAAAUCGCCCGUGAGAAUCGGGCCAAGAGACGGAACCUACUGAGAAGAUCUAAAUCAGCUUCGUCUAAUAACUCUGAUAGCUCUGCACAGGAAAAAGAAGUUACGCCUGAAAAUAUGUCUAAACGUUCCAAGAGCCAAGAUAAGCGGUCGAAAAAUUCUUCGGCUAAUCACAAGGGCGAGCCGCCACCAGAGCCGCCGGUCAAAACGGGAAGGAAAACAAAUAACUCCCUCGCAGCGGCCACCGGGCAAAUCGUCAUACCUGAAAAUGUCGAGCCCGUCAACAGCACAAGGAGAAAGUUGAAAAAGUCUCAAAUAUUUACUCAAACUGAAGAAGAUAUACAAACAGACAUGUACAAAGUUCUUGACCAAUUGACAGCACACGAUGACGCAUGGCCGUUUGUAGAUCCCGUAGAGGAAGACUAUGCUCCAAACUAUUACAAAGUCAUACGACGCCCCAUGAAUCUCCACACAAUGGAAGAACGCCUUGACAGCGGGUAUUACACCGAUUUCUCCAUGUUUCAAGCUGAUUUUAAGCUCAUUGUUAAUAAUUGUCGAUUGUAUAACGGCCAAGUCAAUGAAUACACAACAAUGGUGAGCAACUUACAGGCAGAAUUUGAUCGUCUUACCGAGAAAUACAUACACAGGCUUUCAUCAUCGGAUGAAGAAAUUGCCGUUGAGUAUCAAUUACCAACGCCUUCCAGAAAACAUAAAUUAAAGCCUAGUGAAUCUCCAAGUAGACAAAAAAUGAAAAAACGAAAAUCUCACUCGGAACCCACUGAUCAAGAAUCGAGUUCAGCAGCUGAACCUAUUCAAAAUAAAGAAAAAGUGGAUGUACCUCAGGAUGCUGAAGUUGAACCGAAGAAGUCUAAAGAAUCUCAUAAAAGCAAAGAAGGUAAAGAUAAGAAGAAGCACAAAGGGCAUCAUCGUAGACACCACCAUCGUCAUGGCAAACAUUCCAAAAACCACCGCAAAGAUUCUCAUAAGUCCGAGCAUAGCGAGCAUUCCACCAGCAAACAUAGUAAAAAACAGAAGCAUUCGAAAAAUAAAGACAAAGAAGGUAAAAAAUCUAAAGAGAAAAAGAAGAAGAACAAAAAUAAACCAGAACCACCUGCACAACUGGAGCGUGCUGUAUCGCAGGAAUCGCUGGAAAGCUCUAAUAGAAGCAGAAGUGCUAGUCCUUUGCCGUCUAUACAUACUCCGUCACCGUCGCCGACAGAGUUUGAUCAGCCCACUGAACUAUCAGACCAACUCAAUGACUCAGAAUUCUAUAAAGAUAAAUAUGACAAGAUAAAGGAACGAAGAAGACAUGCGGCUAAGGAUGCAUGGGAUACUCUUUUUGAUCACAAACAAAAACCUGGCGGCGAUAAACAAAAACAAAAUUUGACUGUACCCGAAAAAGACAAAAAUCCCAAAUUAAGAGAGACUAUCGAGAAGCUUAAAGCGAAAAAUGAGAAAUACAAAGAAACGUCGCUUUUCAACAGCUUAUUCACUUCAAGUCACGGAAACACCGAUAAAAAUUCUGACUCUAGCCAACAACAGAAGGAUUCCCCUGGUAAUGAUGGUGAAGAAAAUCCUUUUUCGGAUGACGACAGCGUAGACAACCAACGGUGCAAGAAUAAAGGUUACAAAAAAAAUACUGCCAAAAACGAGUCGGCUUCUGAAGCUUUGGAACAAGCUGUUAAAGAUAUUAGUAAGUGGCUUGACGAUGCUCCAAAAGGCUCUGUAGGAAGCUCACCUUGUGAUAGUCCCGCUCAAACCAUAUCCACAGAAGAGCAUGAUAACAGUCGGCUAGAUGAUGAAUUUAAUCAAAGUGAAAAGUCUACAAACACUCGUAAAGAAGUUACUCGUAAAAGACCUUCGUCACGAGAACCAAAACUUGUGAAACGUCGAGAGAUACAAAGAACAAUUGACAGAUUGCAACCAGGUAAAAGUAAAGGCAAUUUGCUAACCAAUUUAAGCAACAAAAACUCAGAAAAAACUGAAGAGACAGCGCCCUCAGGACCCCUCAGUAAAGUGCGCGAUGCUACUAAAACCGAGGAAUCAAGUCCAAAACUAAGCCUUGGCUCUGUGUUGCAAACGGUAGAUUUCACUUUGGGUAAUGACCAUAACUUUGUUAAUAAUGAAAUUAAAGAUGAUGAAAAUGAAUCUCCAAAGGCAACAGAAGCCGAAAAGUUCGCUAAUAAACGCGAAGAAGUUCCAAUACAAAAGAAAACUGAAGAGAAACCUGUGCAAUCGAAUAAAAAAGAUGCUGAAGUUGAAACAGAACAUUGUGUUAGUGACUCUACUAAACCCAGCCAAGAAAAAGCCACUCCUAAUCUCAGUGCAUGGUUUAAAGCCUUUGGUGCUCCUAAAAGUACAACUACUACGACAACUGUCAAAAAGAAAGUGGAAGACACCGAAACCGAGGAAAAGGCAACGGAUACUACCGCAUCUGAUAAUAAAUCUGUCAGUCCUAAAAAUACAACAAAAUAUGACUCCCCUAUUGAUCCGUAUACGCCAAAUCCAGAAGGUGGCGACAGUCCUUUGCCUAGCGUGUCAGCAACGCCAAGGCAAAGAAGAACCAGCACAGGAAGUUCGGUUUCCGAAAGAUCAUCUUUCAGCCAGGAUCUUGAUUCUCCUAGACAUCAGAUGUCCCACACUUCUCCUCUAUUGCGAUCACCAGCGUCCCCGCGCACUGACGACUUCCAAAAGAUCACAUAUCCCAUUAUCAAUGGUACUGUUCGCGCUGGAUUUUAUCAAGACACUACUUCAAUCAAAAGCAGCCCAGAAAAAAGCUGCAGUCCGCGUGAAGGGCCACAAUCACCAUAUUCACCCUACUCUCAACACGUAUAUGCAUCGAAUAACGCGAUGGGUUCAUCUACACCUAACUACUUUGUGGAUCACAACAAAAGCCCGCUGCCUUCUUAUGGUCAAAACCCACCGACCUAUUAUGACACCUCAAAGGCGGCCAUUGUUAACAAACAUACUCGAGGGCACGACGAAUAUCCAUCUAUAGGUACAGAUACCUACCAACAGAACCAAUAUAAUAGCCAAUAUUCUCCAUCACAUUCACCCUAUACACAAACGCAAGCUUCAAAUUAUUCACAUGUUCAAAAUUCACCACAAACCUCGACUCCCGAUCCAAUUUCACAAGUAAAUAUUCCACAAACGAUGCCAGACCCUAAAGCUACACUCUUCCCUGUUAAAAAACGCACGUACAAUGAACCAGAUCCGAUACCUGCUAAAAAGCCAUCUGAAUCUAAAGAUAUUCCCGGCACUGUACAGAAUAAAAAUGAGUACCAGAAAAUAUCUCAAUCGCUACAUUCAAUGUCGUCGUUACCAACUUCAUCAGUGGACAACAUUGCACUAGCCUUGAGUGAAAAGUCAGAAAUGGCCAAAUUGAAUUCUCUUCGAGAGAAAGGCUCUAGUUAUAAUGAUCGUCAUAACAUUGAAACAAGGGACAACACUCACUACGAGAACAACGAUUCCGCACACAUUAAGAAAGAUCACCCUACCGUGGACAUUAAUAAACCUAUCGGAAUAAUUAAGAAUGAUAGUGUAGAUAUGAUUAACAUGGGCUACAUGAACCCAGAAAGUGAGAGACGUAGUAGUGGCGAUGCUCACGAAGACUUUGCGAGGGAUAUACAAAAAACUAACUUAAAUCAACAAGAAAAGGGAUAUGAAGUUGAAGCAAUUGCUAUUAAUCUUGGCCUUAACAGUCAGCACGCACAGAAGGCACAUCCCAAACCUGGUACGCCUACCAUUCCACCCGCUCACGUACAUGAGAGAACACACAAUGAAGCUCUGAACCAGAACUUGGCGCAUGUCUAUCACAGCCAAUACGACGCUAUUACUGGCGGACAAUCAAUAAGCAACUUUUCGCUAAAUGAUAUCGAGUUAGCAAAUAAAAAACUUUUUACUUGUAAUCCUGCAUCUUCUACAGCAGCCCUUGAUUAUGGAAAUUGGAAAAUGUCAAAUGCAAUUAGAAAACAGGAUAUGCUUCCUUCAGACUAUUCCAACAGCUAUGCGACUAGCGUAGAAAAAUUGAAAACUGACAUCAGUUCACCUAAUAAUACAUCUGCUAUUAAUUACAAAAAUAUACAACAACAGUAUAAUAAUUACAAUGUACCUAGAACUGGUCUUCAGCGAACACAAGAGUUACAACAAAAUCUUCCCUCGGAACUUCGAAUACCGAAUCCUCGAGGUCAUCUAAAACACGACCAAAUGGCGGUUGCCUCUUCAAUCACCGAUACCGAGCUUAUAGCUAAGAAUAUAGAUACCCUCGCCAAAUCUCAAAAACCUGACAAACAUGUCCAAAAUCAUCCUCUUGUCGGCACUAUUCCGUACAAAACCACGUACAGUGCACAUUCAUCACAUCCUCUUGACAGUUUACGAAACUUGCCUCAAAUGUUGGAGCGAUAUUCUAACGAUGAUAGAUAUUUAUCAACUUUUGCAAGCCCAUCGUCAUUGUACCAUGACAAAACUUUCCAGAUGGCUCAAAUGUUCAACAAAAGCAUGUCGUCCGAUGUUCAUUCUGCAAGCACAUCGGCUUCAAUGUAUUCGGAACCAUCUGCUGCAAUAACAAAAGACAAUGGUAUUUACAAAACUUCUACUAACAUCUCAAACAUCCAAGCUGAUACAAAAGCGAAAAUUAAAAAGAAAAGAACGUCAGAUGCUAAACCAAUGCCAGUCAUGACAGGUCAGGGCUAUUCGUCAUCAUGUGGUACAGAUGUUUUGUCAUCUGUGAAAACUAGUAUGAUGCCUGGAAGUGCUUUUAAUUUUGGAACCUCUGCAAAUAUGACACUUAGCAGUGGAUUGUACGGAGACAAUACCGGAUUUUCGAUCGAGGACUUAAGAAACUCUACGGCUAAUCAACUGAUGGCAGCGAAUUAUAUGGCAGCUGCAGUGGCCCAUCAACAACGCAACAACGCGGAAGCAGCUGCUGUUGAAAAACUCGUGAAACCAGCUCACCAAAAUUCGACUCAUACAAGUGGAUCUUUUCCAUACAUUGGACAUACGCAGGUACGUGCAGGAUACCCAUUUGUGGGCGCAGACCCAUCGUCGCCCUUAUACCAGCAAUACUUGCAACGACACCAGGAGGAGCUGCUUCGUCAGACUGGCGCGCAAAUAAUGGGACUCUACCCAGGAUACCCGACAGGACUCAGCGUACGGCAGCCGUUCGACUCGAUCAAUCGACCCUCAUGGCUCUAGAAAUGUAUACUUAGAAAAUUUCUUUCGUGGUGUAUCCAUAUUACUAAAUUUAACAUUAUUAAUCAUAAAUGUGACCAUUGUUAUAGAAAAUUGUAAUUUAUAUUGUUCGUAGAUUUGAAAUAGCAUUUUUUCUGAAGUAUUUUAUCGAUGUUUCUUAUUUACAAUAGCAUAGUGUAAGUAUUAACCGUUUAUAACAAGACAAGCUUCCGAUGGAUUAUGAUUUUUGUUUAAAAGUUGUAUUAUUAAUUGUUUAAGCCCUGACUACGUACUAUUACACGUUGCCGUUCUGCUCUCCUUGUCAUAACUAACGCAUUUGCAUUACGGUAGCUUUCUAGAUAUUUGCAACUACUUUUUUUCACUUUUUUGUUGUUAUGAGAAAACUAUAAGUGGUUUUUACGCACGUCGUAUAAAAGUACGUUUUAAUGUUUUGAAUGUCUUUUCGUCUCAGUUCGAAAAGCCACCCAACAUAUACAAACCGCACACCUUCAAUAUACUAAGCUUUUGGUUUUUUGUAUAAGUACUUACUGUACUAAUUACACUUUGAAGUGAAUGUUUAAUGUUGUAUGCUUUUACUUUUAUAUAUUGUCUGUGUAUUUGUACUUGUAAUAUAUUUUCAUUUUUAUUUAAGUAAGUUGUUGAGCUGAUAGCGGCGCAUCGGGUGCAGCGGUUCAACCUUGAGAGUGUUCUUAUUCCAUCUGUAAUAGUAGCGGAUUUGUAGUGCAACUGUUGCACUAGAUGUUCUUGGGCAACCAUUUAGGUGUCGGCAGAAUAUCAGCGCUGCAAACUUAUAAAGUUGGCAGCGUUGUCCUGAGGCGAAACCUUUUCAGUACAUUAUUUGUUGUACCUUCAUUUUCUUGCUAUAUAUAAUUAUGCUGCGUAAAUGCUUUAUUUACCUAUUUCAUUUAUUUUAAUGUUGGGUGCCUACGAUCAUAAUCUUCAUUUCUAUGUCGAUUCAUUUGUAUAUUAUUUUUAAUAAAAACUUAUAAUGCCCAAAAAUUGAUUGUAACUAAUGAACUUGGAAGCUAACAGUACUUUACUCCGCAUAACUAACUUAAAUGAAGCAAGGAUAAUGUUGAUUACUAGUAGCAUCAUAGUGAGUUGUUUAUGCUUAGCAAAAGUAUGCAAGACUUUAGAUCCUAGUGCUUUUCACCCAACUUAAUUGCAGCAAGUAUGUCCUUCACGACUUACAAACUCUUGUAAAUUCGUGGUAAUUCGAUAUAAUUGAAAUAAAUGACAUAAAUACUAAUUAAAUAAAAAAAACCCGUUAUUUUUCAUAAACUAAAUGUUGGCUUAAUGAGGAAAAUGAUUUUAUUAGUCACAUAAUUA